UAGUUUUAUAUUUUGACAUAAAAUCUAUGAAUUAUAGAGCAGCGAAGUUAAGUGGUCCAAUGAUAGCAACCUUCCCCGACCUACUAAACACAAAACAGAGCAAACUAAUAGUAGUAUUCUUUGAAACAAUUGCAACCAUUGUUUUAGGCAGGUCAAAAAAGGCGAGUAGCGCGGGUAACAAUUUCAUGCGAAGCCGAAAAUUGUUAAUAAAGACGCCACGAUUUUACUAGUGUAACCAAACGUCGACUCAGUCAGCUUUAAGCUUCAAGGCGGUUGAAUGAGAUGUUCCUAUGACACUGUCGCAACAUCGCGGCCAUGGAACUAAAUAUAUGUGGUUCCCAGCGAGUGGCACUCCUCCCGGUAGUACGAUUAUUUAUAAACGACAAGCAGGAGAAUAAUGUCUCAGUUUCGCGAGUGCCUUGUGCGAAUCGGCUGGCGUCGGUUGCCUCGGGAGUUCGCCCCCGUCCGGUCCCGGACUGUUCAUAUUGUUAUGCGGACUUUGUCCGGUGGUGGAUACGACGAUUUCGUUAUGGAUUUUGGAAAUGAUUUCGAGAAAUGGCGAAACUCUGCACCCAAUUUUUAUGCAGCUCAAUCUAUAGAUAUGAGGAGCAGACAAUAUUCGUUCCUGCAUAACCUCGACUCCUCGUCGGUAGCAGAGGGAUCACAUAAAAACGCAGAUGAUGUCUUGUUUGAUAUGUUCAAGAAUGAAGACACAGGUCUCCUUCCCGUUGGAAAAUUUUUGGCCGCCUUAAGAACAACUGGAAUCAGAAAGAAUGAUCCUCGAGUUAAGGAAGUUAUGCACAACUUGUACAAAGCCCAUAAAGAAUCAAACUACGAAGGAGGAUCACCUGAAACUCUGAAACUGGACAGGAAGGCAUUCAAAGAAGUGAUAGCGCCAAAUAUCGUACUUAUAACGAGAGCAUUUCGUAGUCAAUUUGUCAUUCCGGAUUUCCAAGAUUUCAUUAAGGACAUAGAAGAAAUGUACUGGGCAGCUAAGAGCAAUACCGAUGGCAAAGUGGCUAGUUACAUACCUCAGCUAGCUCGGGCCAGCACAGAGAAUUGGGGAGUCAGCGUUUGCACAAUUGACGGACAAAGAUUUUCUAUAGGUGACGUGGCGGUGCCAUUCACGCUUCAGUCGUGCAGCAAGCCGCUCACAUACGCCAUGGCGCUCGAGACGCUGGGGCCCGACGUGGUACACAAGUACGUUGGCACCGAGCCAAGCGGCCGAAACUUCAAUGAGCUCGUCUUGGACUACAACAUGAAACCUCAUAACCCUAUGAUCAACGCUGGCGCAAUAUUGGUAUGUUCUCUACUGAAGCAAUUGGAAAAACCCGAGAUGACCCUCGCUGAGAAGUUCGAUUAUGUGAUGUCGUUCUUCAGCAGGCUUUCGGGUAAUGAGCCGUUAGGCUUCAACAACGCAGUAUUCCUGUCGGAACGCGAGGCCGCCGACCGUAACUAUGCGCUCGGCUUUUACAUGCGCGAGCACAAAUGUUAUCCCGAAAAAACAAAUCUGCGCGAGUGCAUGGACUUCUAUUUUCAGUGUUGCUCCAUGGAGGCCAACUGCGACAUAAUGUCCAUUAUGGCGGCUACGUUAGCAAACGGGGGCAUUUGUCCCAUCACUGAUGAGAAGGUUCUCCGGCCAGACUCCGUCCGCAACGUGUUGUCCCUAAUGCACAGUUGUGGCAUGUACGACUAUUCCGGCCAGUUUGCUUUCAAAGUGGGCCUCCCAGCAAAGUCAGGAGUAUCAGGGGCCAUGCUCAUAGUUGUGCCCAACGUCAUGGGAAUCUGCACCUGGUCACCACCACUUGACCCUCUGGGCAACAGUUGCAGAGGACUUCAGUUUUGUGACCAAUUGAUCGAACGGUUCAACUUCCACAAGUACGACAAUAUCCGUUAUGCGAGUCACAAAAAGGACCCAAGGCGCUACAAGUUUGAAUCGACUGGUCUAAGCAUCGUCAACCUUCUAUUCUCAGCUGCCAGCGGAGACCUCAGUGCGCUCAGGAGGCAUCACCUCUCCGGGAUGGACAUGACGCUGUCGGACUACGACGGGCGCACGGCGCUGCACCUCGCCGCCGCGGAGGGCCACCUGGCGUGCGUCGACUUCCUGCUCGCGCAGUGCAACGUCAACCACGACCCGCGCGACCGCUGGGGCAGCCGUCCGCUCAACGAGGCCGAGACCUUCGGCCACAACGCUGUCGUACAGUACCUCAAGGAGUGGGAGCGCGCGAACCCCAAGACCAAGGAGACCCCUGGUGGCGCCUCUGUCGCCGAAAUCCUCGAAGCCCACCCGGACGCCAACGAUGCCGUCAAAGACCCGAGUAUUCAGGAGAUCGUCUCCAGAAACGGCGAUAAGAUACAGUGAAUGAAUCUCAAUACCUUAUUGUGAUUGCUGUCGAUCUCACGAAAUAUUUUAGACAAAGAAUUAUGUUAACUAUUUUUAAAUGUAUAAGUAGAAAAAUUUUUAUGAUGCAGUUUCGUCAAUGCAUUCUUAUUUGCAAAGCUGCCUCGAUGUUAUAGGGCAAAAAACUUAAGAAUCAAUUACAGACACAAAAUGUUUAUAGAAAUAUUUACGAAUUGUAUUGAAAUAUUAAACAUUCCAUUUAAUGUUGUAAAACUGUUUACAUUUAAGAGGUACUCAGCCAGAUUUGAUAUUUAUUCGAAAUUUACAGAUUAAACUUUGUAGCAUCUAAUAUACCAGCAAAUAUAAAAGUAGAAUAUAUGUAUUAAAAUCCUAUCUCAAAUUAAGACAAUAAAUUAAAGUUAUGGUAGAUAGUUUAGAGCAAAGAGAGAAAGAGAGAAGGUAGAUAGUUUAGAGCAAAUAAAUUUAUGAAGUUUUGAAUUCAAUUGUUUGUUGUGUCAUUUGAUGUUGUCCAAAUAUGUACUGUCAAUUAAUAAAUUGUUGAGUUUAACAAAUUAAUAUUUAUUUUUAUUAAC